AUCGACGGCAGCCUAACCCUUUCCCAUCUCUCCCACAUCUCCUCUCUCUCUUCUCUCUUUCUCUCUCCGCUUACAUACCCUUCGCACCUUGAAUUCCUCACGCUCUCUUUUCUUUUCUACCUUCUACCUUCUCUUCUCUUGCUCUCUCUCUCUUUACCUGCCCACACCCGCACCCUCGGCCCCAACAUGGCCUCCCAGCACUGCCAGUUCUUCUCAACAAAGAAGGGCUGCAGAAACGGAGCCGCAUGUCGCUUCCUCCACACCGCCCCCUCUCCUCAGCCUGCCUCAAGCGCUCCACGCACUGCAACCGCAUCCACUGCAACCGCCGCUCCAACAAGAACGACUGCCACCAUCGCUAGAGCUCCUGUCCGCAAACCCCUCCCCAAGCAGCUCCGUGAUCUGUCCCAGGACCAGACCGCUGCAUCCCUCCGCACCUACGAGAUCUCGCAGAUCGAGAGUCGCUUCAGCUCCUCCUUUGUUCGCAUCACAGACUCCAACAGCGAUCAAAUCGCCGAUAUCUUUCAGCUAAAGAUCACUCCCAGCGACCCGGACUUUCCUUACGAGAUCGAGUCCCUUCACAUCCAAUUGACCGUUCCAAAAGACUACCCACAGUCGCCCUGCAGUGUCGAAGUCCUCAACAAGGACAUUCCCAAAGGCUAUGCUACCAACCUCGAGCGAGGAUUCGCAGAGGCCACUCGUCAGAAAAAGUCCUUGCUCGCCCAUCUCAAUUGGCUGGACGUCAACAUGGAAGAACUCCUUCAGAAGCCUCCAGCACCAACCAUCCGCUUUGUUGGACAUGGUCAGCAAGCGAACACUGCAUCUGCCGCAAAAUCAGCCCGCGUCUCUACGUCCAAUGGUUCAGCAACGCCAACAACCGAGGCAUCGUCUUCCUCUUCCGCCCCUUUACUGUCGUCGUCGUCUUCAGCCAGCUCAUUCGAAACCCCUGUCAAGCCUACUCCUGUACCUGCAUCUCAACCACCUAAACCUGUCCAGCCAACUUUUACAUCCCAACAGAUCGAACAGGCUUCUCUGCAACGACAGAAGCAGCUGGCCCAGAUUCAGGCACGCUUCCGAUCAUCGUUCUCAACCAUAUCCGCAACUGAAGUAGAGAUCUCCCUCGAAUCUGCAGAUAAACCUCGGAUGCCGGUGUCAUGGCAGGGUCCCCUCUGGAUCAGCCUGCUCGUCCCGACAAAGUUCCCUCUGGAGCCAUGUGAGAUCCGUCUGAAGCAGGAUGGCCAUAACCCCGAGAUUGAGCUCUGGCGUGCAAGAAAUGUCGAACAAGGGUUCAGGAAGAUGGCUGCAGCCAUGCCCCAGCUGUCGCUGUUCCAGCUUCUGAACCAGCUCAACCGCGACCUCAAAGAGUUCAUGAACAUGCCCGCUCCUGCACCACCAUCAGCACCCAUUGCGCCACUGGAACAGCCCUCUCUAUCCCAAACCGCAUCUCCAUCAUCAAGCGCGUCUAAAUCCGCUGCAUCUCCCGAUCACGCUCCUGCCGUUCUACACCGCGACGACACGUCAAAGCCAAGACUCAUCUACGUCGACCCUCCAAAGCAGCUUCCUACAAGAAACUUUGAACAAGGCGAGGACAAUGGCAUGGUCACCAGCGAGGACGACAGCAGCGACAAUGACGACGACGACGACGACAACGAUCCAGACGGAUCAGAACAUGGUGACGUCCAUGACUCCAACGCAGAUUCGGCGACCCACUCUGAAGAAGACGACGAUGAUGACGAGCAAGACGGCCAAUCCUCUAUAACUGGCGGCCCUAUUAUCGAUGCCGCCCCAAAACGCGGUAUCGAGAUCCGGAUGCCCGAUCUCAAGCUCGAGCAUAUCUCUCUCCUCUAUUGUCGCUCGCUCAACCUCCUCGUCCGUUGUAACCGCUGCAAGGGCCUCUUUGAUAUCCCCGACCUCCUUCCCGACGAUAAUAACAAUAAUAACAACAGCGCGUCCGUGAAUCCAUCAGGAGGAGAUAAACGGAAAUGGAGAACCUGUGAUAACUGCCAAUCGCUCUUGGGGGCCCAUUUCCGCACAGAAUACAUCCACAUCCAAUCCCGGACGAUCGGAUACUUGGAUCUGGCGGGAUGUACGGCUUAUGAUAUCUUGCCCUCGGCCUUUGUACCUACCUGUAGUGAAUGUGAUACAGUCUUGGGCUCGGGUGCGGACAUGACCGCCCAUGUGGAUUCUGGAACGACUCUAGCAUCCACCGAAGAGAGCUUUGAAGCACCAGGCCGUACAGUAACGACCCGUGUCCCGACAUCCACAGCACCUACGGGUUUCCGCCAAAGAAUCGGCCGCGGCAUGUCCGCCACCGCCAACUGCCGGAAAUGUCACGCCCGUCUCAUUCUCUCGAUCGAAGGUGAUCUCAAAUUCAUCAAACUCAGUCCCGGGGACCUCAUGCGCGCGGAUGCCUCCACGCUCUCGCAACUCCCCCUCAAGAAGAAAAAGCCUCUCAAGAACAAGAACGGUCUGGAUUUCGAACUGAAGGUUGGGGAACCGCUCCCUCGGAAGGGUGCUUGUGAUCAUUACAAGAAAUCGCGCCGCUGGUUCAGGUUCCCGUGUUGCUCCAAGAUCUAUCCCUGCCAUAUGUGUCAUGACGAGAAGGAGGGUGGUUCACAUGAGUGUGAGUACGCGAAACGGAUGGUCUGUGGACAUUGUUCGAGAGAGCAGACUGUGAGCGAUAAGCCUUGCGUCUGUGGAGAGAGUCCAAUCAAGACUAUGGGUGGCUCGGGCGCGUUCUGGGAGGGUGGAGAGGGGAUGAGGGACAAGACGAGGAUGAGCAAUAAGGAUUCGAAGAAGCAUAAAGGAGCCCAUAAGACGAUGGCGAAGAAGCAAGUCGGUGCGGAGAAUGCCCGUAAGAGGAUUGAAAAGUCCAAAGCCUCGCGAUCGUCUGCAGCCUAGAGAACUAUAAUAAACACGUUUUACUUUUGGC